ACUGCUCACUGUAGCAGGGAAUAGGUUCAGUCUAGUUUCACUGGGAGAGUUUCUGACACAGAGAUGGAUUAUCAAGGUUAGCUGUGGUGUAUUCGUUUACGUUGGACUGGACAGUGUAGACGUAGAGUUCGCUUGUAACGUUGCAGUAACUUAAACAAUCCGACAAAAUGAUGCGUUUCAUGCUGCUGUUCAGCCGGCAGGGGAAGCUGCGGUUGCAGAAAUGGUACACAGCCACAGCUGAGCGGGACAAAAAGAAGAUGGUCAGGGAACUGAUGCAGAUAGUGCUCGCUCGAAAACCAAAGAUGUGCAGCUUCCUAGAAUGGAGGGACCUGAAGAUUGUCUAUAAAAGGUAUGCCAGCCUGUAUUUCUGUUGCGCAAUUGAAGAGCAGGACAAUGAGCUGAUCACACUGGAAGUCAUCCACCGCUUUGUAGAGCUGCUGGAUAAGUACUUUGGCAGUGACACCGACCAACCCCGUGCCUUACCGUCGGGUUGUCAACACCUUCUCCGUCACAGGGUGCCAAAGGCGAUCAUUUUCGUUAUCCCUUUCUAUGUUUUCCCAACUUUCACAAAUGGAAGGAUACACUGCUCAAGCUACCAGAAAUGCAGGAGGACACGGGCCCUUUAUGCAAAUUAGCCAUGCGGUCCGGAAACAUGUGCACUUGUUCCUGGGUUCCUGUGUGCAGGUUACAUUCACUAGAUCGCAAUGUAUUACUGCCUGUACAUACAUGAUUGAAUGAAUGAAUGACGAAGUACAUGUUAAGUAUUAAAUCAUUUAUUCGUAUUGAACAAUUGAAUAAUCACAAACUUAAACAUUGUUAAUUUUGAAAAAAAACACAAUAACGUAAUGAUAUUAAAUUAUAUAAUACACACCACCGUAUCAUUUUUUGUUUGUAAAAUAAAUAAUACAAACAAAAAAUGAUACAUUUGUCUCUACUUAUUCUCCUCCUCCUUCCUCUUCCUCCUCCUCCUUCUUCACCUCCAGCUCCUGCUCCUGCUCUCUGCCUCUCCUCUCUGCCAGCCACAGAUCCAGGGGUUUACCCUCAUAAGGGUGGGCAGGCAGAGGUGGUGGUGGUGGAGGUGGAAGAGGGCAGCCCUGGUACAAGAAAAAAUUGAAUUGUCAAUAUAGAUGCAGGGAGUGGGCCUAUCAUUGUCUUCACGCUUUUCUUUGACCUGACAUAUCAAAUGUUUGCAGAAGUAUGCUAAGUACUGUACACACCUUGUAUCUUUUCAGCCUCCUUCUCCAGUUACUUGUUUUUUGAUUUUGCCUUCUUGUGCUCCAUCCUGCACAGAGAGAAUGAGACAUAAGCAGCAUAGUGACACUGGGGGGCUGGAUUGUGGGUCGGGGACCCUCUCUGUGGGAAGGCAGGACUUAGAAGACUACCUGCCUGCAAAUGAGGUGAAAAACGAGACAAUUUGGGCCUUGCCUUCAAAGCACCCUGGAAAAGGCCACUUAUGGCCAACAGCCUCAUCAGGAGGGUUCUAUAACAGUAAUUGCAUAAUGUCUUAUCGUCCCACUCAGCAGGUAGGAGAGUUUACAGUAAAAAAUGUUGUGUGCAGUUAAACCUGCUGGUGCUAAAAGCAACACAGGAGGUAGCUUAUAAAAAAGUGUUUCAAAAAACAGAAGGGAAAAGACAAAACAACAGUCCUGUGUCUGUACAAAACUGUUUCAUAGUAAUGUGUCAUAUGCACAAGACUGCUUUGAAUAGAGAAUAGAGAAAUGCUUUUGAACUUUGAACAGUGUGUUCUUUAUUUACUAUAUUUACAGUUAAUGUGCAAAAAACACAAAUUAUGUAUUACUUCAACUGUCAAAUCAAAUCGACGUCAAAUCAAAAAUGUACAAUAUUGACAAUUUUUGCGCACAUACACACACACAUAUUGUAUUUAUUAUUGUAUAUGUCCCCUUUUUCAGGCUGCCUGGCAGGCAGGGUGGCAGUCAGAGGGAAAGGCCAGAUGGCAGGCGUAGGGACAGG